AUGCACCAACCGGUUAAGGGCACCCCAUACGACGGUGUCCGGCUGGAAGUCGUCACCCUGCUGCACGACACCGGUCUGAUACAUUACCGCUCUGAUCGGGCGGUCACGUUGUCCUUGGGCCAACAGCGACGCCUCUGCGCGGCCCUGGCCAUCGUUUCCAAGCCGAAGGUGAUCAUCUUGGAUGAGCCCACGUCCAACAUGGACCCGGAGGGUCGCCGAGAGAUGUGGGAGCUGCUGCUUAAGAUACGCCGGAGCUGCGCGGUGUUUCUCACGACCCAGCAUCUUGAUGAAGCGGACGUCCUGGGUGACCGCAUAAUCAUCAUAGCCAAUGGCAUAAUUCGGUGCAUCGGCUCCCCGACCUUCCUAAAGCAUCGCUUCUGCACGGGCUACCGCAUGUUAGUGUACAAGCACCACACAUGCGACGUGCCACGCAUCGAGACGCUUCUGCGCAAGUAUGCACCCAAGGUGAAACUGCAGAGCGACUCAAUCAACGAGGCCGUCUUCCAUUUGGGACAGAUUCCCUCCACUAAACGCAUCAUUUCCAUGUUCAGGGACAUCGAAAAGUACAGCAGUAACUUGGGCAUCGAGUCGCUGGGCUUGACAGUGACCUCGCUCGAAGACGUCCUCAUAUGCGUCGCCGAAGAGCACCACGUGCAUCACCACAAGCUCACUCAGAUCACCAAGUGUGACGCAUCCCUAAUCGAAACCAAGGAAACCUUAGUAGGCGUCAUGGCGAGCACGGUCUCCUCGAAUCCGGGAUUCGCGCGUCGCAUGUGGGCGCUAAUUUGCAAGCGAGCCACCUGCGUCUCGCGGCAACUGAAGAUCCCGCUGUUCAGUUGGCUGCUGCCCAUGAUGCUGCUGUGGUUGCUCUUCACAUUCGAGGACGUGGCACUGCACCGCAACGCCAUUGUCGUCGAACAUGUGGGCAACACGCUCUCCUACAGCUUCGUCGAGCUCGUCGGCAAGGCCAACGGCUUCGCACAAGUUAGGCAAGGCGGAGUGUUUUACAUCGACUACAUCCUGCCCAUGAUAAGACCACAUGUCACCACCGUCGAUAUCAUUUCUCCCGACGAAAACGUGGACAAGUGGCUGCUCGGCCUGGCUAAGGAUGAUUUGCGUCAUUAUGUCUUCAUGACGCACUUCGGGCUGCAGCUACUUGAACAAGGAAGGACGGUGCUCUGGUACAACGGCGAGAUCCAGCACAUGGCGCUACUAGUCAUGACGCUGUUCAACAAUGGCCGCCUGCACUCCGUCACCGGUGAAUCCGACGCACUGUUCAGCUUCGAGGUGACUGUGCUCGACGGCGCCGAUGUGGGUGAUGAGGAGGAGGUGGCGAGCCAAGGCGCCUACCGUCAGCUGCUGCCCAAGAUUCUGCGCUCCAUAUUCUUUCCCAUGGUGUCCAGCCUUAUGUGCAGCAAUUUCGUGCUUUUUCCAAUCACCGAGAGGGUGCUGCAGGUGAAGCACCUGCACACCAUUGCGGGAAUCGGACCAUUCCUCUACUGGAUCACCAAUUUUCUCUGGGAUUUCAUGUUUUACAUGGGCACCGCCAUCUUCAUCUUGCCGCCCAUUGCUUACUUCCACGCCGAUUCGCUGGAUUUCAACUACAUUCAACUCAUCUUCAUAUUGAAUAUCCUACAUGGCUACGCCGUGCUACCGUUCAUCUACAUAUGUUCCUUCUUUUUCGACAACCCUGGCUUCGGAUCCUCUGCGCUUGCCAUCUCGACGUUUGUAAUAUCGUCGCUUUGCUGCAUGGGUGCCGUGUUCAUGGAGCAUUACGCGGAAACGCUGAACAACGUUCCACUCACGGUCUUUAUCGAGACGAUUCUCCAAUCGGCGCGGCUGCUGCCUUCCUAUUCGUACUCGCGUGGCAUGACCAAAGUGCUGCAGUUGGCCACCGAGAAUGCGGUCUGCCGACGCGGCGGAGAUGACCUCGAAUCUGCCUGCCAAGAAAAGACUGUUGCCUUCAAGAUGUCACUGCAACAGUGCUGCAAGCGUAAGAGAUUUUGCACCGUACGUGUCAGGUACAUCGCCGAUCCUGACCCUUAUGGUUACGCAAUUGGCCCUUUGGACGUGCACUGGUACUCGGCAUUCUACGAGGUGCUCACCCUGUUUCUGGAAGGGCCGCUGCUUUUCGGUCUGCUAGUAUUCGCCGACUACUACUUGCUGCGCCAUCUGGACCGAAACUUGAGCGCGCCCGAGGCCGAAAACAAUCUGCGCCUCCUAGUCCCGCCGGCAGAGCAAGGAGUCGCCCCGACGUUAUCGCUUUCCAAGACCAAGCAGCACGAGGACACGGAUGUUGUGAACGAAGACAAACUGGUAGCGAACCUUGUCCAAUGUCCGCCGAAGCCUUCGCCAGCAGAACAGGCUACACCGAGCCAGCCUUCCAAGCCGCCGCCCCAGAUACGCAUGCAGGCACAGAAGCAGCUACAAACACCAUCGCCGGCUCCAGACAGCACACGGCCUGCCAUGGCGGUGUACCGCCUCCACAAGGCUUAUGGUUACCUGGAAGGCCACACUGUGCUGCAGGGCCUGAGCUUCAGCGUCCGCUCGAGCGAGUGCUUCGGCCUUCUUGGAGUCAAUGGCGCCGGAAAGACGACCACCUUCAAAAUACUGACCGGCGAAAUCCUGCCGCACGAGGGCGACGCCUACAUUGGCAACGUUUCCGUCGUACGAAAUGUGUACGAGUUUCAGGGCUUCCUCGGCUACUGCCCGCAAAGCAACGCCCUGCUGGAUGCGCUGACGGGCAUUGAGACGCUGAUGCUGUACAUCCGGUUGCGUGGUAUUCCGGUCACCAAAGAGUACGUGGACACGUUACUGGAGAUCUUCAGCUUGGAUGACAUUGGAGAUCAUCUAGUCUCCACGUACAGCGCAGGAAACCGGCGCAAGCUGUCCCUGUGCGUAUCGCUGAUCGGCAUGCCGAGGAUGCUUCUGUUGGACGAGCCCUACUCCGGGUUGGGAACCCUUUCGCGGAAGCGAAUCGUCCACUACAUCAGCUCGCUGCAGAAGCGCACAAAGAUAUCCAUCGUGCUCUCCUCUCACAGUCUGGCAGAUGUGGAGUUCCUGUGCAACCGCAUCGCCAUCCUCGGAAGCGGCAAGCUGCAGUGUCUGGGUUCGCUGGCGCACCUGAAGCAUAAGUUUGGCCAGGGCUACACCAUCACCGUGAAGACGUACCCGGACCGCAAGCAGGACUUCCUAUAUCAGCGAGAUGUUGCCCGCGAAGUCAGCAAGAACUUCCAAGAAGUGGAGCUCAUGCACAGCUACGAGGGCCUGCUUGAGUUCCGGGUGUCCCGGAUUAGCAUGCUCUGGAGCGAAAUGUUCACCCGCAUGGCGAGGAUCAAGAAGCGCUUCAAGCUGCAGGACUUCUACAUCGCCGACACCUCUCUGGAGCAAAUAUUUCUCAGUGUGACGCGCAAGGAAGCCAGCGAGGCAGCCGCUGCAGCCAUGCUACGGACGCACAACCCAUCUGGGACCUCUUUGGGCAUAUGA